AACUACAACAGCAGCAGCAGCAGCAACCACAAUCACAACCACAACAAAAUCAACAACAACAUCAGCACCAGCAUCAGCAGCAAAAUCAACAUCAACAUCAACAGCAACCACAACAACAAGCGACUCAACAACAUCAGCAGCAACAGCAGCAACAAUUACAAUCAUUUCAGCUUCACCAACAGUCAAUGCAGUAUGGUAAUUUACAGGCUCAGUUAUCUUUACAAGCAUCACAAAUGCAACAACAGCAUCAGCAGCAAUUGCAGCAACAUCAAUCGCAUCAACAGCAGCUAAAUCAGUACGGAAUCUAUCAAAACAAUACCCAACAACCACAACUAUUGCAUCAAUCACAACAAUCACAGCCUCAGUUACAGCAGCAACAAUCGCAAUCAGCCAUGAACUAUCCAUACAAUGCAGCGCAAAACACACUCAUAAAUCAUGCCUUUGGACAGCAACCUACACAUACGAAUAGUACAAGUUCCAGUGCUAGUUCUGUAGCAAGCCAUGGUGUCUCUACACCAGGAGUAUCAGACAUUCCAACCAUGACAAGCACCACUACCACAGGCUUUGUACAAGGUAUAUCGCCUGGAUCUUCUGCCAACAUUGGUGGUGGUCAAACGGCAGUAGCCAAUAAUAUCCAUAAACCUAUUGAUGCCGACAGUGGUUAUUGUAUUGAUUGGUGCCCAAAUCGUUCGCCUACUGCCAUGAUGGUUGUUGGUCUUGGUAAAGAAAUUGGAGCAAGAAUAUUUAAGCAUGAUGGCCAUAAUCGAUGGAUACCAGGGGAAUUUUUGCCUGGGCAUACAGAAGAAGUACAUGAUGUGAGCUGGGCACCUAGUAUGGCUAGAUCAUACCAAUUGAUUGCCACAGCCAGUAAAGACAAUAUGGUUCGUGUCUUUAAAUUAACUGAACAGCAAGUUCCCUUACAACAGCAACAGCAACAGCAACAGCAACAGCAACAGCAAAGAGGAAGAUCCAUUCUUUCUCCAGCUGGUACACCAAAUCAACUCAAUCCAAACAAUAAGUCUUUUCAUAUUGAGCUUGUUGCUUGUUUUGAUGAUCAUAGAGCAGAAGUCUGGCGAGUCGAAUGGAAUGUUACAGGCACGAUCCUUUCUUCUUCAGGAGAUGAUGGAAAAUUGCGCUUAUGGACUACUGGAUACGAUGGAAAAUGGAAACAAAUGGCAUCUAUUGCUGCUAAUUCACAAAUACCAUUAUAGAAUAAAGCUACUUUUAUAUUUAUCAUUUAU